CGUCAUCGUCUUUUCGCACAAUGGCAAAUUGUCGCAAUUCUGCAGCGGCGACAUCGAUAGGGUGCUGCUUCGAUAUACAGAUGUGACACAACGGUCCAAUGGACCACAAGGGACCCGACUUUUUCUUCAGAAAAGCUGCAGAAGCUGAUUCGGACGACGACGAAGAUGAGGAAGAGGAAGACCUGAAACCCAUGAAUGCUCGCAGGCGAGAUGAUGCUGACGACGAUGGCGGUGACAGAGGAGGAGGAGGAGGGGGAGGAGGUCUAGCAGGUGGAGGUGCGGGCCCAUCGAAUGGACACGAUGCUGGCACUCUGAAUGGCACUCCGUCUGCAGCGGGAUCGGGACAAAAGCGCAAAUCUUCCGGCGCAAGCAGAGGAUCAGGUAAGAAGGGCAAGCAAGCUGCCGAUGCAGGCGGAGCGUCGGGCGCGGCAGAGGCGUCUGGCUCGCUCAUGCCUGCACCUCUUGCUGGAGGGAAGGAACGUGUGAGGGCUGCCAUCAUGUCACGCAAAGGCUCAAAGGACGGCCUUGGCAAAGCGGAAGAAUCCACGUCGAGCAGCAGCCCCGCCAAUUCCAGCCCCGUCGCUCCCUCCUCUUCCACAAGUACUGGUGCGCGUCACAUGAUGCCGAAUCGGACAGCCUCACAACCUUUUGCUUUCAACCUCGACGCUUCGGGCCAAUUCUCGCAAUCCGAGUCCGUUUCGCGGCCCAGCACUGGCAACCCAUCGUCGCACAGCGCAGGUGUGAAUGGGCCUAGCUACGGAGAAUUGGCUGCUGGCAGACCGGCAACCGCCAACGCCGCUUUCGGAUCUGGCUACCCUCAUGCCGCAGCAGCUGCUGCGUAUGGAGUCAACAUGGCCCGUCCCAUGCCUCCUCUGAAUCCCCUGCUCCAAGCUCAUCCACAAGCGGCGCACUACGAGCGCCAAAGGAUGGAGCAGAUGAGGGGUCAUCGUCACAGCCACAGCGCUGCGCAGGACUCUGCAAAGAUGCAAAACGCCUCACCUUACCUCGCAUCUGGCCCCUCGCCCUCUGCUUCCUCAUCGUCAUCCUCGACAGACGCGUUGACUGGCCAAUUGGGUCCCUAUCCUACCCUCGGACCAGUGGCCUAUCAUAACGCCCCAGCUCAAACGCGCAUGCACGGACAACAAGCGCCCCCUCCCUACCCUCACGCCGAGAGGUCUGUAAGCGACAACGUCUUUUCCGCAUCGGCCACAAACGAUGGCGCUUUCAAGCCACCGAUGAGGAAAAGCCAAACAGCCCUCUUCCCUGCUCAACACCAGCACCAGCAGCACGCAGCAGCAUCAUCAGGACCGAUUUUGGACGACAGCGGAAUCAAUGCGCUCUUGGCGCAAGCUCUAUCGACGUCCGAAAAGGUGGGCAGUGUUCAUGGGCACACGGGUGCCGGCGUGCAUGCUGCGAGUGGCGGAUUGCAGCACUUGGACGGUCUGCACGCUGCGCACACUGCUGGCACGGACGAGUACGCGUUGCUGAGCGCUCUGCAAGGUCAAGCUCAGGCAGCAGGUCCAGCUGGUGCUGCACACGGCCACGGUCACGGCCACGGCCAUGUGUCCGCCCAAGUCACGUUGCCGCACGAUCCCAUGCACCCAUCCCUGGCCGCUCCUUUUCACUAUCGCCACCACCACCACCACUCCCACUCCUCCCUUCACCAUCCAAAUCAAAAUCAGCAGCAGCAGCAGCAACAGCACGUGGGUCUGCCUUAUUUCAACACUGGCUAGAGUCAAGUGUGUCGCCGCCGCCGCCGCCGCCGCC